AUGAUCCUGGAGCUCCUCCCCCCUCCAGCCCUAGUGUGUCUCCUCCUAACAUGCCGCGGUCUCUACCACCACGAAGUCUACAACGCCAUCAUCCGGAACCUCCGCCCCCAAUUCAGACUCACCUCCGACAUAGUGAACAACAACCAGAAGAGAGGCUACGAUCGGCCCACGAUCUACCGCAAGGCCCUCCUCCGCCAACUCCAAGACGACCGCUGGGCCUACUGCUUCGCAUGCUUCAAGCUCCAUCCGCGGCGCGAAUUCGACGGCUACAGCUGCCACCACCGAUGGGCCCCGAUUCUCCCGCCCGCGACCAGCGCCAUGUGCGCCGCGCAGGCGGGCAUCGUCGACCUCUGCCCGUGCAUCAGCCUCACCGCGCGCCACCAGAUGCGGAUCGCCCGCUACCUGGCGAAGGAUGAGUCCCACCCCCAAGACAAGCGCCAGUAUCCCGCCAUCGACGCGGACCCCCGCUUCCGGGUCAUCAAGACCGGGCCCAACACUCGCGGCCUCGUCCACAACUGCACCAUCCCUCCCGGCAGGCAGGGGGACGUCCGCCCCCACAGCAUGGUCCUCGUCCUCGACGGUCGACGCAACCUGAUCGCGCACACGCGGUACUUGGCAUCCCCCCGCCUGUGGGGCGUCGGGUGGUCCCUGUUUCCGUGCCCGCAUUAUGCUCUGCUGAGCUUUUCCUUCGAUAGGUAUGGACACUGGGAUGUCAACCGCUGCCCUCUGUGUCGAUCGCAGUGGCAACGAGAGUGCGGAAAGCCGUUGCGGGACGAGCGGUGGUUGGACUUCACCAGGGAUCUGGGGGCUGCGCGGUGGCCGCCCGAUGCGGCGUGGCAGGCGCAGCGUCGGGUGCGGAGCCGGGGUUGGUAUAGGAAGAUGUUCGAGGAAGACGCAAAAGGCGUGGAUUGGGUGGAGGACGCGGAUCUUGUGGACGAUUCGCCUGGGGAAGACGGUGCAGGAGCCUCGGAUGAGUGGGAUAUCCCAUAUGAAACGGAAUCAGAGUUUUUCGGCGAUGAAGAGGAGUCGGAGGAGUCGGAGGAUUCGGAGGAUUCAGAGGAUUCAGACAACUCGGAAGAUUCAGACGAGUCAGACUAUUCGGAUGACUCGGAGGAUCUGGCGGAUUCAGCUGAUAUGGACGAUUCGGGAUGA